AUCGACACUUACUUUUCACUUCAGUAUCGUAUCACAAAUCCGACAACACGAAGAGAUAACAGAUAUCGUUUGAAAAUGACUAUCCAUGAGCUACAAGUGUUAUGUUUGAUUAUGCUACUAUUUGCUUAUGUUACUAUUUGCAUUGAUUUGAACGAUGCAAAACGCAUAACCCGAAAAGAAUGUCGUGCCGAGAUUUAUUAUACCAACAGUCUGAUAGUGCGUCUUGAAGAAGAUCAAAAAUACCAACUGGUUAGGUUUCUCGUAAAUGAACACGAAUCUGUGGGAAUGGUAGACUACAUUUUCCCGCCAGGUAAUUAUUUGUUGAGAAACUUUCAUGCAGACGAUGCAAUAUAUGGUACAAUAUACGAAAAUGAAAAACGAAUUCAAAAGAUGUUAACAUAUAUCUUAGAUCCGGACCAAGCAGUUCAUUUAGGUGGCGAAUGUUCCUAUGGCACGGAGGUAGAGCUUAGAAGCUAUCAUUUAAAUGCAAUAUUCCGCCAUACUCUCAAUGUCAGAUUGAAAACUGAACAAAUGUGCGUGAAUGGCCAAAGCAUGAAAUGUGUAUUGGUCGGGUUAAUCAAACGCACACUAAAAUAUAAGUUGAGAAAUAAAGCACAAUGUGAGAAUGAUGGUAGUUGCACUAUAACUUCGGUAGAUUGGACUACGGUACCUAUUUCAUUUGACGAUUUGCCACAAACGAAGGAGACAUAUCGAGAUGUCCUUUAUGACGACAAAUUUGGAUAUUAUCAAACAUUAUUCCAAGCAUCACCGAAUCGGCCAGAAUCACUCGUUGGUUGGUAUAGUGUAAGCCCAAAAGUAGUAAAAUCAGGCCCCUCAGCCGAGGAGUAA